UCUGUUCGUGAAUAUUGUGCUAGAUGGGUGUAUGAAGCUGGUAUACCUUUCAAUGCGAUUGACAAUGAUAGCUUCAAAUUGUUUGUUGAGGCGGUUGGUCAAUUUGGGCCGGGCUUCAAACCUCCCAGUCAAUACCAAUUGAAGGAACCACUAUUAAAGGGGGAAGUUGACAGAAUAAAAGAGUUAUUGAAGAAGCAUGAAGAAGAGUGGGCACGAACUGGGUGCUCCAUUAUGACAGAUGCUUGGACAGAUAGAAAAAGGAGGAGCAUCAUGAACCUAUGUGUUAAUUCUAAUGCAGGUACUGCUUUCCUUUCUUCUAGAGAGUCUUCAGAUGAAGCACAUACAAGUGAACUUAUCUUUGAGUAUGUGGAUAAAUGCAUUGAGCAAGUUGGGCCACAAAACGUCAUCCAAGUAGUAACCGACAAUGCUACCAAUAAUAUGGGAGCGGCAAAAUUAUUGAAGGUGAAGAGGCCAAAUAUCUUUUGGACCUCAUGUGCUACUCACACCAUCAAUUUGAUGCUUGAAAGUAUUGGAAAACUGCCGAAGUAUAAGAAAGUCAUUGAUCAGGCCAAGAGUUUCACAAUCUUCAUUUAUGCACACCAUAAGACCUUGUCCUUAAUGAGGUCAUUUACGAAGAAGAGGGAUAUAGUGAGACCAGGAGUUACUAGAUUCGCUUCUGCUUUCUUGACUUUACAGAGUUUGAUGGAGAAAAAGGCCCAAUUGAGGGCAAUGUUUACCAGCUCCGAAUGGGAGGAGUGCAAAUGGUCAAAGAUUGUUAAAGGGAAAGCAGCCUAUGCUACUGUGAUGAGCAUUGCUUUUUGGAAUGGUGUGACUAUAUGCCUUAAAGUUUUUGCACCUUUGGUGAAGGUGCUUCGAAUUGUUGAUGCGGAUAGAAAGCCUUCUAUGGGCUUUUUAUGUGGAGAGAUUAAGCAAGCAAAGGAAGAUAUUAAGGAGGCCUUAAAUAAUCUUGAAAAGAACUAUAAGCCUAUUAUGGAGAUUAUUGAAGCAAGGGUAAAAGAUAGGCUAGAUAGUCCACUACAUUUUGCAGCUUACCUUUUGAAUCCCUACUACUUUUUCAAGGAUAUGGAUAUACAACUUGAUAAUGAAGUGAUGGAUGGGCUUUUUAACUGUGUGGAGAUGUUUUAUCAUUAUGAUGGUGAAUUGCAAGGCCAUGUUAUAAAUGUUGAGUUGCCAAAGUAUACUCGUAAAGAUGGAGCUUUUGGAAAAUCGUGGGCAACUCAAGGGUGUGCGAAAAAUGAUGACAAUUAUAAUCCAGUUACAUGGUGGAUGACUUAUGGAAAUCAAACUCCAAACUUGCAACGAAUGGCGAGAAAGAUUCUCUCGUUAACCACUAGUUCAUCCGGUUGUGAAAGAAAUUGGAGCACUUUUGAAGGGAUACAUACGAAGAAAAGAAAUAGACUAGACGUGAAUCGAUUGAACAAUCUAGUCUAUGUUCAAUUUAAUGCGAAAUUGAUGAACAAGCACAAAAGGGAGAAGGAAAGGAAUGUUGAUGUGCUACUUGCUAGUGAUGCUAGUAAUGCACAAGGAUGGAUCGUUGAUGGAGAAGAUGAUGAAGAAGUUGAGCCUGGUACGGGACUCACUUGGGAAGUGGUUGGUGAAGCAUCGGGAGCAGACGAGAUGCUUCAAGCUCGACGAAGUUCUAGGAUGAGAGAGCUUCAUGAAGAUGAUUUUCAAUCAGAAGAAGAAGAUGAGCAAGAAAUCAAUGAAUUUGAUUUUGAGUCCGAUGAAGAUCGUGUAUUGGAAGAAUAUGGAGAGGAAGAAGACCAAUUAGAUAGUUAGACUUAGAUUCUUCGGAUAUGGUUUAUGUUGUAUUAUUGCUACUUCUACCUUCUUGAACUUAUAACUAAUAUAAUAGUUUAUUUUUUGAGUCUUAAUUCCAUUAUUUCACUUGUCUUUUCAACUUUGAUUUACCUGAAAAUAAUAUCAAAUUACAUCAAAAGGUUUUUAGAAAAAAAAAAAAAAAAUCAUUUUUCCUAGUCGCCGCCUAGGCCCUGCCUAGG